GAUGGCGGACGAAGUGGUUGAUAUCGAAGUAGCUCGACAAAAAAUGAGACAAUGGCGCGAUGAACCGCUACGAAACAGCGAAGAAGUCGUUGAAUUUGGAGAAUGCCUCCUUCUUGAACACGGAAACAAGCUCGGAGACGAACUGUGGACGAUCUACGAGCAAGUUUUUUUGGCAUCUUUGGACUGUGGUAAACUUGAUUUAGCCACCAUGUGUUUGAAAGAAUUGAAUACACAAUUCCCUGGCAGUAUGCGAGUUAAGAAGCUAAAAGGAAUGAGGUUAGAGGCCUUAGAGAGAUACGAAGAUGCAGAGAAAAUUUACGAUAAGAUUCUAGAAGCAGAGCCCGCGAAUUCCGUAGCGUACAAGAGAAAGAUCGCCAUCUUGAAAUCCCAGAACAAGAUUCCCGAAGCGAUCAAAGAACUUAAUGAAUAUUUAAAGAAGUUUAUGAGUGAUCAAGAAGCUUGGAUGGAGUUAAUCGAUCUUUAUAUAUCACUACAAGAUCUCCGUAAAGCCAAGUUCUGUAUGGAAGAACUUAUCCUCGCUAAUCCACACAAUCAUCUGUACCAUCAACGCUUCGCUGAGAUCUUAUACACCAUUGGUGACCUUGAAAACAUGGAGAAAUCUCGCAAGUAUUUCGCUCAAUCCUUAAAGCUUGACAACGAUAACUUGAGGGCUUUGUAUGGAUUCUUUUUGUCAGCUUCACAUCUGUCGUCUUUCUCUAAAGAUUCUAAGGCAAAGCGUGAGAAUGCAAAGUAUGCGUCUUGGGCUGGUGGUCAAAUUAUGGAGAGAUACCAGUCAAUAAAAGUUGGUGAUGGCCAGGAAGAGGACAAUAUGUUGGCACUUGGUGGAAUGAUAGACUCUCUUCAAAUCAAUACUCCUCAAAAUAUACCUUCUUAGCAAAGAAUGUAGACAUUUASGUGCAGAACAACGUAUUCAUACAUUUCAAGCUUGCCUUUUUAUUUCAUAGCUAUAUGUAUAUUACAGUGCCGAGACUCUGGCUGGUACCCCUUUAAUCAAGUYAACCAAUCACUUUGAAAACAAAGCAUUUCAACUCAAGCCAAUCAGGAGAAGGAGAGCAUUCAUCAUUUAUGGGGURAGAGUGGGGGGCUAUGAGGAUCAUACAUUUUGAAAAAAAAUUUUUUGGGUCCCCCCCUCCCCAACCCAAACAUAACAUAUUUUUCAGUGGACCCUUCCCUCUGCCAAAAAAAUAGUCCCCCCAAAAAAUACAGACCUUUAUUAGACAUUAAAUAUAUUUAGCUUUGAAAAAAGCCCCUCACCCCCAUUCUAAUAAUUGUUACAUGAUAAAAUGGAUGCCCCCCCUUUCAAAUCCCCAUAACCCUCCAACAUAUAAAUUCUAAACACUCCCUAAGCGACAGAGCCUAAAUCUGAUUAUAUAUCUGAUAUAUCUGAUUAUAUAUCUGACGAAUAACUUUAAUGUUGAGAAGAGGUUGGUUAAUAAGCUAGGAAGGAAGUAUAGAAUAAUUUGUCAUUCAAUUAAUUGUUAUUAACAGCCAAUCACAAACCUGGAAAUAAGACAUUUUCAUUGGCUGAAGUUAAUAUGAUACUAAUUGUGCACUCUCCUGAUUGGCUAAAUUUUUCACUCUACAUCAUGAUUUGAUAAAUUUAUAAAAGUGGUCCCAGUUAGAUGUCGACAAUGUAACCAAAUCAUAAACAAACUGCUGGACAAUGACAAAUCCUGCAUUGUUAUUGGCUACGCUACUAUAAGAGUGUUAGCCCACUAUUAGAGAAAGACACAUCAAAACUCAAAACAAUGGUACUUACCUUGCRUUUGGCAGCAGAAGAUCUUCCACUGCUUCAAUGGUUUUGUGUUUGAUAAAAUAAAAAUAUGGYUAUGCUAAAAAAAUUUGACAGGCUCCUGUUUGGUCCAUUUUGUGKUAAUUCAUAUAUGCAUAUCUCACUGUACUUUAACGAUUAUAAUUUAUGAUAUAUAUAGCCCUUCCUAUAUGUCUAUAAUCAAACGUACUAGCAAUCAUGAGUUGGUGUUAGUAUGAGGUGGUGGGCAAUUGCACCCCUUUAGAUUGAGAAGUUGUGUAAAAUCUUAAAACCAGCCCCCUAAUAUACAGUACU